AUGACUCGAGCCCAAAAAAUAUUGACGAUCGUCCAAGCAGUCGGGGAUACAGCUCAUGGAUUCGAUUUAUCAGCCGUCCUUAUUGAAAUCAUGGACACAGCUAAAUCCACACCAUUAGAAGCUGAGACAAUCGUGAAAAAGGCCACUCGACGUAGCCUUAUACUCACAACCUUUGUCUCCAUGCUUCAUGGCUGCUUGCUUUUUGCUGCUUUUGGAAAUAACGUAUCUCCUGUAUUCCUCCUUCAUGGCUUCUAUAAAUCAUAUUGGCUGCUUGACAUGAUAGCAAGUGCUGCCAUUGUAAUCCAAUUUGCAGGAGGAUACCAGAUCUAUUUGCUACCCAUUUUGGCCGUGGUUGAGGAAACCCUAGCAAAGAGAUUCCCGGAUAAUGAAUUCGUCACCAAAGAUAUUAAAAUCCCGACCGGCUGCAGCAGGCAUUUUGGUCCCUACAAACUCAACCUAUUUCGACUGGUUUCGAGGGCACUUUUCGUGAUCACAACCACUGUGUUAUCAUUGUUUCUACCAAUCUACCUCGACCUGCUUAAACUCUUUCAGAUUUUGGCCUUUUGGCCUAUCGCAGUUUACUUCCCAGUGGAGAUGUGUAUGGUGCAAAAGGAGAUACCAAAGUGGAGCAAAAGAUGGAUUUGCUCUUAA